AUGGUCGUGGUAGAUGAGGGUCAGAGACGUGUUGUCCUUGCGGAGCUAACUGUACCAUGGGAGGAGAGUAUUGCUGAGGCUCAUGAGUGGAAGUUGUUGGGCUAUAAAGAGUUGGUAGCUGAGAUUCGGGAGAAGAGUCAGAUCUGUGAGCUGGUUGUGGUCGAGGUUGGGUGCAGGGAUUUCCCAGCAGCUUCUCUCAGAAGGUUUCUGAAAGUGAUUGGUGUAUCUGCUGCGAGGAGGAGCAUCGAGGAAUGCGGGGAGAAAGCAGUUGAGGAUAGUGCUUGGAUAACCAGAGUCAUUGAAUUUGACAUAAAUUCAAAUGUUGAAUGGUUUCGAUUUAAACCAGACCCGACAGAAAUACGGCGAAUAUAA